AUGGCAAGAAGAGUGUUUAAACGGUUCACCGUUUUGGAGCUUGUUCUCAUUGUUCUUCUGAUUGUGCUGUUCAUCAUUGCCGUUGUCCUAAUUGUGCUUUUAGCCAAUUCUACGGGACCAAAUGCCUUAAAUGAUAACACGACUAGUGUGCCAGGCUCUACGACCACAAGGACCACUGUUAAUUCUCCUGAUUGUCCAGUACUAAAUGAAUUGGAACGGAUAAACUGCAUCCCUGAUCAGACACCUACAGAGGCCAUUUGUGACCAGCGUGACUGCUGCUGGAAUCCCCAGGCAGGUAUCAAUGUCCCUUCCUGCUACUACUCCAAGAAUCAUGGCUACCAAAUCGAUAGUGAUGCAGUAAACACAAAUUCAGGAUUCACAGCCCAGUUGCGAAAUCGCCCAUCUGCAUCCGUGUUUGGAGAUGACAUUGAAAACAUCCUUCUCACAGCAGAAUACCAGACAUCCAACCGUUUCCACUUUAAGUUCACUGACCAAGCCAAAGCCAGGUAUGAAGUGCCCCACGAACAUGUGCAACCCUUCAGUGGAAAUGCUGCCUCUUCCUUGAACUACAAAGUUGAGGUGUCCAAACAGCCAUUUAGCAUCAAAGUCACCAGAGCAAGCAAUAAUCGUGUGCUGUUUGACUCAAGCAUUGGGCCCCUCCUGUUUUCAGAUCAAUACCUGCAAUUCUCCACCCUCCUGCCAAGUACUAAUGUAUAUGGUCUAGGGGAACAUGUGCACCAGCAGUACCGGCAUGACAUGAAUUGGAAGACCUGGCCCAUAUUUGCUAGAGACACAAUCCCCAAUGAGGAUGGAACUAAUUUGUAUGGUGCUCAGACAUUCUUCCUGUGCCUGGAAGAUGACAGUGGGUUAUCCUUUGGGGUAUUUCUGAUGAACAGCAAUGCCAUGGAGAUUGCCCUCCAGCCCACCCCAGCAAUCACAUACAGAAUUACUGGGGGUAUUCUGGACUUCUAUGUGUUCUUGGGAAACACACCUGAGCAAGUUGUUCAAGAAUAUCUAGAGCUCAUUGGACGACCAGCCCUGCCUUCAUACUGGUCACUUGGAUUUCACCUCAGCCAAUAUGAUUACGGAAGCCUGGAGAAGAUGAAAGAAGUUGUGGACAGAAACCGUGCAGCACAGCUCCCUUAUGAUGUUCAGCAUGGUGAUAUCGAUUACAUGGACCAGAGGAAGGACUUCACGUAUGACCCAGUGAAUUUUAAAGGCUUCCCUGAGUUUGCUAAGGAUUUACACAAUAAUGGACAGAAACUUGUCAUCAUCUUGGAUCCAGCCAUUUCCAGUGCCUCUUCCUCAAGCAAUCCUUAUGGCCCAUAUGACAGGGGUUCAACAAUGAAAAUAUGGGUGAAUGCUUCCGAUGGCAUAAACCCACUUAUUGGACAGGUCUGGCCUGGAAUAACUGUAUUUCCGGAUUACACCAAUCCCAGCUGUGUUGUUUGGUGGGCAAAAGAAAUUGAGCUUUUCCAUAAAACGCUGGAGUUUGAUGGAAUCUGGAUUGAUAUGAAUGAAGUCGCCAACUUUGUUGAUGGUUCAGUUUCAGGAUGUGCAAAAAACAACUUAAAUUAUCCCCCAUUCACUCCAAAGAUCUUGGAUGGGCACUUAUUCUCUAAGACUCUCUGCAUGGAUGCAGUUCAGCACUGGGGCAAGCAGUAUGAUGUCCACAACCUGUAUGGCUACUCCAUGGCCAUUGCUACAGAAGAAGCUGUGAAGACAGUGUUCCCUGAUAAGAGAAGCUUCAUCCUAACUCGGUCUACCUUUGCGGGCUCUGGCAAGUUUGCAGCCCAUUGGUUAGGAGAUAAUACUGCCACCUGGAAAGACCUUCAGUGGUCCAUCCCUGGCAUGCUUGAAUUCAACCUCUUUGGAAUCCCCAUGGUGGGGGCAGAUAUAUGUGGCUUUACCUUGGACACAUCUGAAGAGCUCUGCAGGCGGUGGAUGCAGCUGGGGGCAUUUUAUCCAUUUUCCAGAAAUCACAACGGCCAAGGUUACAAGGACCAGGACCCUGCCUCCUUUGGAGCUGAUUCCUUGCUGUUGAAUUCCUCCAGGCACUACCUUAACAUCCGUUAUACACUGCUGCCUUACCUCUACACUCUCUUAUACCACUCCCACAGCCGUGGGGACACGGUAGCCAGGCCCCUUCUGCAUGAGUUCUACAAGGACAGCAACACUUGGGAUAUACACCGACAGUUUCUAUGGGGGCCAGGCCUCCUCAUCACUCCUGUUCUGGAUGAGGGUGCAGAGAAAGUGACGGCAUAUGUGCCUGAUGCUGUCUGGUAUGAUUAUGAGACCGGGGGCCAAUUGACAUGGAGGAAGCAAAGCGCUGAGAUGGUACUUCCUGGAGACAAAAUUGGACUUCACCUUCGAGGAGGCUACAUCUUCCCCACACAACAGCCAGGCAUAACCACAACAGUCAGCCGGAAGAACCCUCUUGGCCUUAUCAUUGCCCUGGAUGAGAACAAAGAAGCAAAAGGCGAGCUGUUCUGGGAUGAUGGAGAAACAAAGGAUACCGUGGCCAAAAACACGUACCUUUUAUGUGAAUUUUCUGCCACCCAAAACCGAUUGGACGUGACUAUUUCAAAAUCAAACUACAAGGAUCCCAAUGAGUUAGCAUUUCAGGAAAUUAAAAUCCUUGGGACACAGGCAAUUCGUGAUGUUACAGUGAAACAGAAUAAUGUCCUCAGUCAAAUGUCUCCUCAAAUCACAUAUGAUCCUAACAUGAAGGUUGCCAUCAUUACAAAUAUCCAUCUUGUUCUGGGAGAAGCAUACGUGAUGGAGUGGGAGGAGCAUGACAUAAGAGAUGAGGAAAAAAUAGACUGCUAUCCAGAUGAGCAUGGUGCCUCUAAGGAAACGUGCACUGCCCGUGGCUGCGUCUGGGAGGAAUCCAGCUCUUCCGGGGUCCCCUUUUGCUAUUUUGUCAGUGAUCUGUACUCAGUCAGCAAUAUACAGGAUCAAUCCCAUGGGGUCACAGCUGACAUCUCCUUAAAAGCAUCUCCAUAUAGCCACGCGUUCCCGUCCACACCAGUCAACCACCUCCGACUGCAAGUGACCUACCACACGGAUGAAAUGCUGCAGUUUAAG